AGUGGAGAGUAUCAAGAACCCGGAAGGGUUUAAACUUACUCUGACAACAAGAAAGAAAUAGAAUUAGUGUGAAGCGAGGCACCGGUCGGGAUAGAACGUGGGACAAUGUCUAGCAUGGAGAAGCAUCUGUUCAACCUGAAAUUUGCUGCUAAAGAAUUGAAUCGAAAUGCCAAAAAAUGUGAAAAAGAAGAAAAAACUGAGAAAGCUAAAAUUAAAAAGGCCAUUCAGAAGGGCAAUACCGAGAUUGCAAGGAUACAUGCAGAGAAUGCAAUACGACAGAAAAAUCAAGGUAUUAAUUUCUUACGGAUGAGCGCUAGGGUGGAUGCUGUGGCCGCAAGGGUUCAGACUGCAGUGACAAUGGGCAAGGUAACAAAGUCUAUGGCAGGAGUGGUGAAAUCUAUGGAUGCUACCCUGAAGAGUAUGAACUUAGAAAAGAUCUCCGCUUUAAUGGACAAAUUUGAACACCAAUUUGAGACGCUAGAUGUGCAGACACAGCAAAUGGAAGAUACAAUGAGUAACACAACCACAUUAACCACCCCACAGAAUCAAGUGGAUAACUUGUUACACGAGAUGGCAGAUGAAGCUGGUCUUGACUUAAGCAUGGAAUUGCCCCAAGGCCAGACUGGAUCUGUUGGUACCAGUGUAGCAUCCACAGAACAGGAUGAGCUAUCGCAAAGACUGGCCCGCCUGCGUGAUCAAGUGUAGAAGAGAGAGAGACGCCAGCUUAUCCAUAAGUGCAUUUCUGAAUUUCACCUGUACAUAUGUGGUGCAUAGUUUGGGAUCUUUCUUUUGUGCGUGUUUAGAAGCAAAACCAGUGUCCUUUACUGCAAGAUGCUUGACUGGCUGUCUUUCAGCAAUUCAACCUAUAGUAUAUAAAUGUUUCCAAGAGCUCUGAACAAGCAAAUGGCAUAAUUUUGGAAUGUAUAUAAUGCCAAUAUAAGAGCACCUAAUAUACCAAACUACAGGACGCAGUUAGAGAUCUACGAGCAGAUUAUUUGUCUUGUUUAAUGUUUUGAAAGUCUUUCUAGUGCGUGGCUCAAAAUACUUUUUCCGCUUUAUUAGCCUCAUCAUUUUCCUUUAAGAAUUUUUUAUAUACAUUUAAAAUAUUAUUAUUUUCUUGCCUUUCAUUAAAUUGGUUUUAUUGCUAAA